UGGAUUAUAAGUUGCUUGUUGUUGAUCUUUUUUUAGUCUUAAACUUCAAAACUUGUUCUGUGAUGAUUGUUGCCCUAAUAGUAAUGAAGAAACUGAAAACAAAAUGCAAUUUGUUACAAAGUGGUGCAAUUUGACAAUAACGAUAAAUUAAUCUGUGUUGUGUUUGGACUGUUAUAAUUUUCGAACAAAAGUGAAUAUGUUAUGUUCUAAAUCUGAACGCCAUGAUAAUAUAAGCUCACAUCUCCAAAACAUUAUUAGACAUUCAUAUUGAAUAGAUAUUAUGAAGAAUGAUUAAUCUCAAAUAUGUCUUAUUACUCGCCAUCAAUAUUUACCAAGUACACGCGCAAUAUGAAAGUUGUGAUAAAAACGAUAUCAAAUGCGACUACAAAAAUAACAUUCGCCAACUAUCACAUACUUUAGCGAGUAAGUUUCACGAAAUAGUGAUGAAAGAGCUUGGAAGUGAAUAUACUAAUCACUUAGAAAUUCGAAGUGCUUAUAAAGUAAGCUGGUAUCAAAGUUCCGAUGAUUACAGUAUUUUAUCAAAAAUUACCGAUAAAUUAAGCCAUAAAAUUACAUCUGCCACCAGUAUACUUAUGGAUAUGAAGAAUGCUAUUGAUCAAAACGAAGUGUCAUCUUAUACACAUCCCUGCCCAUUUAAAUCAAUUGGUAGAUAUAUAUUUAUGCGGAGUUUGAGUGAAUCAAAUAAUAUGAAGUCAAACACUCUUGAAAGAUUCAAAGAUUUGAAAAUAAAGAGGCAAUAUUUCUUAUCACAUGUUGACUAUGCCACUGACAAAGACUGCACAAACAUACCACAUUCAAACUUAAGAUAUUUAUACCACAAGGUAGUUCACCAAGAGUCGAAAAUUGUUGUUUUCAUUAUUGAUAAUAAUAUGAAAGAGGUAUCACUGCAGCAUGCAUUAAGUGUUGCAAAGGAAAUUGUACAUACAUUACAAUCUAAUGAUUUGCUUGUGUUAAAAAUUACAAAUAUGACAAGUUUUAUGAGGUUUGAAGAUACAUGUAGUGUAGAUGGAAUGGCAAAUAUAGGAAAUGCUACUGAAGGCAACAAAUUACUCUUUUAUGAGUAUCUAACAUCAAUAGAUGUGUCAUCCGCAAAUGUGCCACCUCUUAAUAUAAGCACAGAAUUAGAAAUACUCUUAAAUGAAUCAGAACCAUUGCCUGUAAAUAAGUUAUUUAUUUUGUUGACCGAUUCAAAAAUAAUUGACAAUAAAGAGUGGUUCCAUAUUUUCCCUCAUGCUUCAAUGAAUAUAACCAAGUUUGCUGUAGGACUGGUUCAUGAAGAUAUAAAUCAUAAAAACUGUACCUUAGAAAUUUUACAUUUUGAUAAAUGGCACAAUCAUUCUAAUGAACAUUCUAUUAUGAAGAUGCACAUGAACAAUAGUGGGGUGGUUGGUCAAGUAGCUUCUGCAUUUAUUUCACUGUUACCAACAAAGUUUGAGGAAAAACUAAUAGCUGAAGGGCCACUGUGGGAAGCAACAGAGCGAGACUUCAUUGUAUCAUUACUAUAUCCCAUGAAAGAAGGAGUUUUAGGCCUGGACCUUUACUGGUCUGACUUAGCUGAAGAUAUUAUUUAUUUCAAGGGCACAAAUGAAAGGAAACGGGCAUUUGUAAUGGAUUUCUCUAGCAAGGUUCUCAUGCACACCUUUUUCCCAAGACCAGAAACAACUUUUGAUAAAAUAAAAUUUACAAAAUUAAACACCAUAGAGACAUACUCAUACAUUGAUAAAGUUGUGAAUGAAAUGCUAAAAACUGACACUGGUAAUAUUACGAUGAAUGAUAAUAAUUCAACAAUAAACUUUUCUUGGAAAUGGAUUCAAAAUUUGUAUAUUGUAUGCAUAGUUUCCGAAAUAUCUGAUGUUAAUGCAACCAACAAGACGAAUAUAUUUUUUACUAGAACUAACAAAGAAAUACUCUUCCAUAGAAUAGAUCUAUUUCCACCUAAAAGUGGUACGAUUUGUAGGCAUUUUAAACAAAUAGCAACUAUUGAUCAGGGUACUGUAUAUCUAAGUCCUUCAUGUUUCCUAUCACCAUUUACAUAUUUAUAUGAUAUGGGUGAUGGUCAGGAGGCAAUUAAUUAUAUGCAAAAUUUUCUAGCUUAUAUCAGGAGUGUUGCUCAUGGCCUUUUAUCUAAUCCAGGAUUAAAAGAUGAAAUACAACAAGAUGUUGGAUUCCUGAAUUCAUUAUUGACAUUUUAUAAGCGACAGCACAUACAUGGGAGCCUAUCAAGGUAUGUUAUUCGAAGAUAUGCAGCAACAGAGAGUGGUGUACUUGUCAUGUACCCGGGAACAGUGCUUGAAUAUGAUUAUGAACCAGUUCGCAGGCCAUGGUACAUAUACGCCUCUGAGAAUCCAGGCAAGCUCAUUUUAUCUCCUCCUACUUUAGAUGUUGGUGGAGCAGGCUAUGUUGUUUCGUUAUCUUAUUCAGUGAAGAGCCCUAUGUAUCCUACUAUGGUAUUAGCUAUUGAUGUCACUAUGGGGUUCUUGUAUAAGUUGCUAAUUGAUAAUUUUCCAGUGUGUGCUACAACACAUGUGAAAUGUUUUAUUAUGAAUGAUAGGGGUUAUUUAGUGUCUCACCCUGGACUUAUGGAUCCAAAGAGCUCGGGACCCAUUGAGCAACAGCAUAUCACACACAAAGAGUCUAUGAUUGCUAUUGAUAUGUUAAAUCAUAAGGGAUUUGUUACUAAGAGGUUGUGCAAUAAUUUCUUUGAUAAAACCAUACAAAGAUAUUAUGAAUUCAAUACUUCAUUACCUAAUGUCCUAUCCAAUGUUGUCUCUGGUGAUCAUUGUGUUCAUUAUUACAUUGCAGCUAUUCCGGGAACAAAUACUUUUAUUAGUGUAGUUAAUGUAUCUUGCAGUGUUGGCAGAUUUUGUCCCUGUAGUAUGGUUGAUCGGCUAUGUUUAAAUUGUAAUCGUAUGGAGCAGACAGAAUGUGAAUGUCCAUGUGAGUGCAGUUCGGAAUCAUAUGGUUGCCCCAACUCAAACAUGUCAUUUAAUAAAAAUAUUCCACUUUGUGGUAUGAUCCCUGAGAACAACAACCAUAAGUCUCAUUAUUUCCACAAUGUUGCUGAAAAUCUUAAGUCUUGUUUCGAUUUUCAAUGUGAAACAUAUGUAACCUAUGACACAUGUUUAGGUGUUAUGGGAUGUGAAUGGUGUCAGAUUGAUAUGGAUGGUCAAACACCAUUAAUAUCUCCAUUUUGUACAUUACAGUCCACAUGUUUUAAUGGUGUGUUGGGUGCUGUGACACCAUACGGCGAGGGAACUUUUGGCCACAUAAAUAGGGAUGCUUUUGCUAGUUAUUCUGCUAUUGGUCCUAUUGCAGGUUGUUUUGUAACCGUUAGUUUAAUAAUAGCUGUAGCCAUAUAUUGUUAUAGACAGAAUACUUCUUCUGUUAGUUGUCACAAUUUAUAUGUUGAUGGUCCAGCAGAGACCUGGCAUGAUGCAGAAGUUCAAAUGAGCCAUUUACAAGAUGAUAUGCCAGAUCCAUCGGGGCAGGAUAAAUUAUUACCAAUGGAAAUAGAAGCCCCCAUAUCCCCUUACCGGGUUAUUACUGGUUAUAGACGACCCCACACUGCUGGUGGUUCUGAUCAUGGUUACUCAACUAUGACUCCUCAUGAGGAUUCAGAGGCAACUGGAUUUUCUGUAAAUGAUCCUACAAUUUUGUCAGAUGACACAAAGUCUGAUGUGAGCUUCCCAGCCCCUGCCAAAAUAAAACCUAGAGCUAAUAUGUCGACAGAUUUCUCCAUAACAGUUCUACCCUGUGGCAAGAACAGUGUGAUUGCUCCGGUAACCGUCCAUAGACAUAUGGAAGCAUCUUGAGUAUGCAGCAAAUUUUUAAACCUACCUCUUGUACAUAAUUGAGUUUUAAGUCAAUUUGAGUUGUGAUAUUACAUUAAAUAACAUGGUUUUAUGUUCUCUAUAGAAACAACAUAGUAAUAGUUAUUAUAUUUUAUAUGGGACAAAUAUUUUUGCUGUUUAUCUUGUAAAUGGUGCUGUUAGUCUAUAAUAGUAUCAAAAUUGCUAGAUGCAGUAUGGUGUACUAUUUCUGUAGUUUUGUUUUGCUAUCCUGCAGAUAAAUUUAUGUUAUCUGCAUAAGAGCCAGAAAACAAUACAUGUUUUAUAGUAAAAAACUAAGCCAUUUUUAAUUUCAAUUAUGCAGCUAACUAAAUUUAUUACUGCCUAAUAAUUUAGGCAAUAUUGGAACAAUAUCUUUCUAUGCAUACCACUGCAUAAUAUAGUAGGUACACAGCAAACUAUCUUGUAUGCAAUACCAGCAACCUUAAUGCAAGAAGAGUUGGAUUUUAACAGAAGCAGUAUAAUAUAAUGGUAAAUAGUUUAUAAGUACUGACAUAAUGAUGAUGUAAUAUAUUUUUAUAAAAAUGUUUCCUCAUUUAAAGUAUGUAGGUACUUAAUGUAUUUUAAGGAUUAUAAAAAAUAUUGAGCAUUCUGUUGGUACCUAGAUAAUAAUUUAUACAUUUGGGUUUUGCAUAUCAGUUGAUAGCAAUUUUUUUGCAUGCAUUUUGUUUUAACACAGUUUCAAUACAUAUUGUUAUUUAUUUUCAAAGCUAAACUUAAUGGUACCUAUUGGUAAUUUGGAGUUAAUUUGUAUUUUUAUUAUUAUUAUUAUGUAGGUAUAUUUUCUCUGCCAGUGCCUAUUGUAGUAGUUAUACCUGUAUUGUAUACUUUAAGACUGAAUUUAUGUAAUUGCAUUUACAAUUUGAAUAAAAUUAUAAUUUUUAAGGUUUUAAUCAUGAAUUAAUAUAUAUAUUCAACAUAAACCCUUAUACAAUUUUCGUUCCGCGCGUAUCAACAGAGACCAUUCCUUGUUAUAUUCCUAGAUCAUUUACGGCCGUUUUCAAUAACAUAUGAAUCCUUAUUUUAACUUACUAGAGGUAGACAAAUCUAUCCUUCUACGCUUAUUUAUUUAUAUAUAUAUAACAGCAAUGUAUCCGUAACUAGAGAUACGUUCUUGAAAACGGCCGCUAUACGUCUAGAUAGACUGACGGCUGUGAAAACAUCGAAAUAAAAUUGAGGUUAACAUUUAACCUCUAUUUUGAGCAAUGCUGCCUGCACUAACACUAAAGUGAGAUACAAAUCGGGAGUGUGAGACGUAGCUUGUCACACACAGUAAAGUAAUAAACCUAGCCUGUUAUUUUAUCUAGAGUACUUAUUAUCAAUGGUUAUGUUACGGGCAAUUUGAGAAGUCCGGGCACUAUUAAUAAUGGCCGUUCUGUAUUUAUAAUGCCCGACUCAAUUGGACAAUGUGAUUAAAACAGUAUGAUUAUUUACUUUUCCCGGCCAUUAUGAAUAAUUCCCACCCUAUUUUGGGCAAAGUAAUAAAAUA